AAACGGUGAAAAGUUUAAAAGGUUAGACCCAUUUAUUAGCUUAACUCCACAAAACCCUGAACCCUUUCUGAGUUCAUGGGCGAUUCCACAGCAACAUCGCCAUGGCUACCCACCACCUUCAUUGUUGCAGCCAUUACUGCUUAUUUUAUACUGGGAAAGAAAUGGAGAGCCAUUGAAUCAAAGGUUCGAGAUUUAGAGACCUCUCUUAAAUCUUCUCUUGAUAAAUGUGCUGCUGAACGACAGGGCCGCAUUAGAGCUCAACAGGAAUUGAGAAAGGCAUUGCUGCAACCAAACACAGAUAAUCUGGAGCCAACAUCUUAUCCCAUGAUUCCAAUUGGUACGGUCCAAUCUUGCUUCUCGACCAGGAAUGGUACGCCCAGACAACCUUUGUUGGUGCCACUUGCUAGAGCAUGUCUGAUGUUUGAUCCAACGAGGGUUCCUCCGGCAUCGUUGGAAGGUCUUGAAGAGUAUUCUCAUAUUUGGAUUAUAUACGUAUUCCAUUUAAACACUGAUUUGGAUAAGUUAUGGUUAGAACCUUCCAGAUCGAAGAUCAAGGCCAAGGUGAGGGUGCCACGGCUGAAAGGAGGCAAAAAAGGAGUAUAUGCAACAAGAACCCCCCAUCGUCCCAGUCCUAUUGGUCUAACUGUUGCUAAGAUUGAGGCUGUUCAAGGGCACAUGAUUUUACUUUCUGGUGUGGAUUUGGUUGAUGGAACACCGGUACUGGAUGUGAAGCCUUAUCUUCCAUAUUGUGACAGUAUCCAAGAGUCAAUGGUGCCAGAAUGGGUUAAGGAGGACAGCUUAUUAGCCGUGGCUUCUGUCAUUUUCUCAGACGGCUUCCACUCUCUUCUUGCAUAUUGUUGGGAUUCAGUGGAGAGAACUAGUUUGUAUUCAUCACCCAGUGAGAUGAAGAAAUUGAUCGAGCAGGUUCUUUCAUGGGACAUACGCUCAUCAUCACAGAGACAUCGACCUCAUAAAUCCCUACCAACAGCUAAUAUUUCCUCGUGUGGAGAAGACUGUGAAGGUGAAGAAAGCUUUAAUCCUGUAAGCGAAAAAUGUGAUCCUACUCUUAUUGUUUAUCAUCUUAUUUUAGAAGACUUAGACAUAUCUUAUAUGAUAGACUAUAAUGGCAAUGUUCUUGUAGACAGCGUAGCGCCUGUAUCCCGUGUUCCUAAAAGUAAUCAGAACAGAUCCAAUUACACAGCAUGGAAACACAAACUUGGAUAAUUAACUCAUUCUAAUGAUCAAUCAUGCUUUUCAAUCUAAAA